AUGAAACCCACAUCGAUCAUCCCUAUUCUUUUUUUUAUAUGCGGAUUUGCCUUUGAUUGGGAAGAAUAUCAUUCUAACAGAGCUGCUAAAUCCCAACAUGACCGCACUGUGGGAGGCAAUAGACUUUAUGUUUUGACAUUUGGAAUACCAGCUAAUUAUCACAAAGCAGAGGUCAAACUAAUCGGUAACAUGCAUGGAAAUGAAGUGGUUGGUCGCGAAAUGCUUCUCCGACUGGCUGAUUAUAUUUGCUCUCAGUAUCUUAACGGAGAUGAUUUCAUUGUUUGGCUUGUCAAACACACGCGAAUUCAUCUAAUGCCAUCAAUGAAUCCGGAUGGAUUUGAUAUUGCUGGAAAUGAGAGCUCUAGUGGUCGGGAAAACGCUCACAACGUUGACUUAAAUAGAAACUUUCCAGACUCAGACCGAUUGUAUUUUCAGUGGGAAUCUGAAAUCGAAACGAAAAUGAUCAUGGAUUGGCUCGAUAUAAUUCCAUUCGUUUUGUCUGCCAAUCUACAUGGUGGAGCAUUGGUGGCUAAUUAUCCGUUUGAUAUCACUAAGAGAAGAAUCUCCAUACUCUUGAGAAUACCGAACGUUUUUUUCCACACUUAUGACAAUGCACCCCUUGAUGAAACAAUUCUGGCAGUAAGGUCCAAGAAGAACUUGUGCAUAUUAAGAUGGUUCAGUGUACUUGGGUUAAUAAAAAGUAUGCAAGACUACAAUUACAUGGAAACUAAUUGUUUUGAAAUAACCUUGGAGUUGGGCUGCAGCAAAUACCCCCCAGCGAAGGACUUACCGCGUUAUUGGGAAGAAAACAGGAAGUCCCUGCUCAAUUUCAUCCUUCAGGCUCAUGAGGGCAUCAAAGGAUUCGUAUUCGGCUACCAGGAUGGUGAGGUCAAGCCCCUUUCCAAUGCAAUCAUCAUGGUGAUGAACGUGACCUCUAGAAGAAAUCCAGAGUUAAUCAACCACCCGAUCUAUUCAAGUAUGUUUGGGGCGUUUAUAAAGUCUUAA